CAAUCACGGCUAAUUAGUGCGAUCACUGCGAAGCAAAAAUGAACCUGACGACUGUCGCCUGCCUUCUUUUCUUGCUUCGCGCAGCGAAGACAACGACAACGAAGUCUCCGACAAGUGAACCGUUAGCAGGAGGGAUAAAUGAUAUCGACCCGGCUAACGAAGGAGUUCAAACGGCAGUGAGCUUUGCCAUCAGUGAGCACAAUAAGGUGUCCGAUGACAUUUUCGCGUACAAACUAAUCAAGAUCAUCAGCGCUAAGUAUCAGGUUGUUUCAGGACUGAUUUACAUAAUAGAAGCUACGAUUGGGCGAACCACAUGUGAAAAAAAAGACCUGAGUGACCAGAAUUCAAUAAACAAGUGUCCUUUGCAAAAUGGUCCUCGGAAUGCUAAGACAUACACAUGCACGUUUAAAAUCUGGACCCGUGCUUGGAUUCAAUCAACUCAACUCUUGAUGAAUGUGUGCUCAUAACAACUACAUCAACAGCGUGUACUACUGGCAACUUCUAUGAGUUCAACAAUUUUAAAUUUACUAUUAGUUUAAUUAUACCAAUGUAACCUGUCAAUAUUAAUUAAUGGUUUGGAAAUGUUUAUUCAAUCUAUUGUCUUUUUUAAAAAUAUGAUCAUUUCUGUACAAACAGUUUCUUAAUUUGUUCUAUGCAAAUGACAUAUUACUGCUUUUAAAAUAAAAAUAUAUCUAUCAUG